AUUUCCCUCUCUCUUAUUUUGAUUUCCCACCUUAGCUUGAUCCUUAGAUUGUACUGUAUCUCAACCCUGUGCCUUUGGACUGUGCUGGACCCCGAACAACAUUCCUAAUUCAUCAUCCUUUUUCUAUUACCUGUUACUGUGAUCUUGUGCUCUUGUGCUCAAGAAUGAAAACUAUCGACGACACCGCCCGCGACCUCGGCUGCGUGCCCCCCCACGAAGAAGACCUCCUCGAACGCCAACGACAAGAGCGAGAACGCGAGCUGCAGCUGCCAGCCCAAACCCAAACCCAAACGCUAGAGCAGCAGCCGCAGCCGCAGCAUACCCCCUCCGACCCGACCUCUAUCACCUCAACCACGUCCACGACGACAAACACAUCCACAUCCACGUCCUCGUCCUCGGGAAUCCUCCCGCCCCCCGAGAAAAUCACCGAGGUGGCCAGUACCUCGAUGCAGGAGGUGCGGACGAUGCUGAACGCGGCGUACGAGAGCGAGCUGGUCGGGAAGGCGAUGCAGCGGGUACGCGAGUAUGUGCCUGGGUUAGCCGGGGGUGCGGGUGAGGGGGAUGGCGAGGAGGACCGAGGCGCCGCCGACCCCGAGGAGAUGCGCCGGAUCGACGCGCUGGAGAAGGAACGGAUCGUGGAGUUUCUGCAGGAAAGGACGCGGACGAAGACGGAUCUGGAGAAGAAGUACCACCGUAAGGAGCAGCCGCCGCCGCGGCAGUAGCCGUGAUUGUCACGGGUCCAUUGUUUUGCAUUCAAGAAGUUAAUUGAUUGAUCGCGCUUAAGCCUGUUUUCUUUGUCUUUGCUGUGUGUUGUGUACAGAUCAAUGGGAUUGUGAUGAAUAUCGACCCCCCGCUUUUAC